GGCGGCGGCGCCCCGUGCGCCUCCCUCCUCCCGCGGCGGCGGCGGCGGCGGCGGCGGCGGCAGCGGGCUCAGCGGCGGCAUCGGGGCGUGCAGGCGGGCUGCGGGAACGGCACGGAUGAGGCGCAUGCGCGCCGUGGACGGGCGCUGGGGCUGUAGCAGCUCGGCGCGGAGGUGCCGGGCGGGGCUGGCUGCCGCCGCCGGGAGCGGCAGGGGGGUCCGCGGCGGGGCGGAGGAGCUGGGCCAGGAGGGCUGGCGGGGCCAGUCGCGGGGCUCGGUGCAGCAGCUGGCGGAGCGCUACGCGGACCUGGCGGCCAGCCACAGCGAGGCGCUGCGGCAGCGGGAGGAGCGCGAGUGGCACAACGCGCGGCUGCGCCAGGAGAACGCGAGGCUGCGCCUGGAGAACCGCCGGCUCCGCCGCGAGAACCGCUGCCUCUUCCGACAGGCCCUGCUCGGGCCCGAGCCCCGGGACCCCGACAAGCCCGAGGCCCCGGCAGGGGAGGCGGAGGAGCUGCGCGCCGAGCUGGGAAGGCUGCAGGAGAAGCACCGCCGAGCCCUGCAGCAUCUGCGGCGCUGCCGGGCCGCGGGCGGGCCGGACGACGAGGAGCUGGAAGAGCUGCUGCUGGAGGAGGGCGACGAGCGGCCGCCGUCCCCCCCCGAGCAGCCGCUGGAGAAGAGGGGGCUGGUGGCGCCCGUAUAGCCGGCCCCUGGGGGGACCUCGGUGGGGAGCCCCUUCCCGGAGGAGGAGCCGGCGGUGUGUUUUUCAAUCUUCCUCUGCCCCCAGGGCACGACCCGGAAGCGCUGACGGCGGAGAAGCGGGGUCAGGUGGAGAUGCGACGCUUGGGGGAGGCCAAAGUUGAAGGGGAAAAAGGCCUCGAGGCCGCUGCUGUGGAGGAAAGAGCUACGGGGAAGCGAACAUUUGGCCUCGCGCCGCCUCACAGCACUGAGUUGUGCUGUCUUAGGGAAUCUGCUGCGGGUCGCUCGUUGAGUUAGCGAGCACCGUGUAGGUCUCGGUAGCCAUAGAGGCCAUCAAAAGACGUCUGGCUACUUCUCUGUGUCCUAUGUACGUCUGUUAUAAAAGGGGGUGGAGGAAGCUUGCAAGCUUCUUGGUCGGCACUCUGGUAAAAAGUUGGUGAUCCCUCGAACACUGAAUUGUCUGGACAUUAAGUCAAAAACAGUACCUGUUGUCUUUAAGAAUGGACUGUGUUCACCCUCAUGUCAAUAUUGGUUUGUAUUUUGCACUUUCACAUAAAAUUGCAUAAAAUUCCUGAUAAUAAAAAUGUGACACGCCA